AUGAAUAAAAUGGACGAUAAACAUCGAUAUCGUUCAUAUUAUGGAGCUAACAAUUGUCAUGAUAGACGAUAUGAUGAUAAUGAUGAUUAUAAUCGACGAUAUAAACAUCAUUAUCAAUAUUCAUUAUCUCAUCAUGAUGAUCAAUUGCAUAAUCAAAAUCAGAUGAAUUUUUCAAAUCAACAAUAUCAAUAUCAACCAUUAUCUAAUUCAGAUACUUAUUCAUAUUAUUCUGAAUCAUCACCAAUACCAUUGAUGAGUACGAAAACAAUGAAUCCAUCAACAUUAAUUACUGCUAUACCACAGGAACGUGAAUCAUGGAUACGUUCAGUAAAAAAAACAAAAACAAAUGAAAGUACUGAACAAAAAACACAAUAUUUAGAAACAAUGCUUCGUAUGCCACAACAACAAAAAUCUUCAAUAAAUUCAUCAACAUUCGAUCGAAUGCGUUUUGCUAAUGAUCAGAUACCUACGCUAAUGAAUGCAACAGAAAAUAGUAAUAAUAAUUUCACUGGAAGUUCAUUUCAUUUAAUUGCUGAUACUAAUCAUUAUGAUGAUAUUGGUGCAAUAGAAAGAAUUUUAUUUGAUAACCCUCUACCAACAACAAAUGACAAAUAUUCGAAUAUACAAUUAUUACCCACACCGCCAUCAUCCAUCAUCGAUUGUGAAGCAGUUUUGCAAGUAAAUUCAAAAAAUUUGCCUUACUCAGGUUUUCUUAUUGAUAAUUGUGAUGAAGUUGAAGAAUUAUCAUCACUUUCUUCUCCAUCUCGUCUUCCUCUUAUGAUUUCUUCAACAACUAAAAUACCAACACAACAAAAUCCAAACGAUGUCAAUGAACAACGUGCCAUGUUAGUCAAUGAACUAGAUGCUGCCGAUGCUGAACAAAGGAAAGAACUAAAACAUCAAAAACGGUUGCAUAAAAAAUUUGAAAAAAAAAAAAAACAAUCAAAUAAGAAAAUUGAAGAUAAACAAAUAAUCGAAUCUGAACCAAUUUCAGAUGUCUAUGAUAAUAAUCAUCAAGAAUUAUCAUCGGAUUGGAUUCUUGAAUAUGAUACAACAGGAACUGAUCGAAUUUUACAAUUAACAGAUAUGGUAAGAAGAGCAUCAACAAAUAUGAAUGAUGAAGAUAAAAUAGCUAAAGUUAAUAUAAUUCUAAAAAAAAUAAAAAAACAACAAAAACAAUUAAGAAAAUUAAGACAAUAUGUUUUAUCAAUGUUAGAUGAAGAACAAAAACAAAAUUCAACAAAAACAACACAACAAAAUUCAAAUAUUAAUCAAGAUUUACUCAUGGCAUUUGUUAAUCAACCAAUUUUAUCUGGUUGCUGGUUAUGCUCAGGAAAAAAAUAUACUGAAAAAUUAAAUAUUUUGGAUCGUUCAAAGGAAAGAAUGUCCGAAAUGGAAGUUACUGCUGGAAGCGCAAAUCUUUCUGGCGUAGCUACUGCAUCAUCUUUGUCAUCAUCAUCUUCACUUAAUUGUACAUUUCUCGGUUCAUUAUCGUCUCGUCGUGGUCGUGAUAUUCUCUCACAAUUAUGUUUACAAAUUGCUCAACAAUCAAAAUUACAACAUCAUUUUGUUGAAAGAAAAAAUAUGGAUAAAAUGACACGACAAUUGCUUAAUAAAUCAAUAAAAAAGGCACAGAAUCGUUCACAUUCAAUUCAUUUACAAAGACCACCUGAACAAACAAUGCCACUUGAAAUGAAAGUUUUCUUUGUACGUGAUCAACUUGAACGAAUAUCAGAUGAACAGAAAGUUGAUAAUGAUUUAUCAUAUGAAAUAAUUACUAUAUCCGGUCCACAAUUAAUUGACUUUUUACUUGGUACAUGCGGAGGUUUAUUUCGUACAACAGCUCAAACAAGUGUUGGUCAUGAAAUUCUUGGUAAUGUUCUUAAACGUCGUCGUCCUGGUAAUAAUGAUCCAUUAUUAUCAACAAAAAUAACAUCAAUACAAUAUCAUCCACGAGUAGUAAAUUAUUAUAAAGUUUGGCGUAUGAUGCAUCGUCGUCGAUUAGGUAAAACUUAUCAACGUACAAAAUAUCAACAACCACGAGCUGGUAUUAUAAUGACAAAACAUCAAAGUCCUAUUGUUUGUUUACGUAUGUAUCGUGGUUUACUUUAUUCAUGUUCAUUAAAUGGACAAGUACGAUUUUAUCAAAUCCAAACACUUAAUGAACAUCCACGUCAUCAACCAAUAUUUACACCAAAUGGUGGUUCACAAACAUUACAAGUUGCACAUUGUAAAAGAUUUAGUGGUACAAUAUUAUGUGUUGCUGGUUUUGAUCAAACAGUAAGAUUAUAUCGUGAUCAUCCAUUACAUGAACCAAAAGGUGAAAUAACAUUAGCUGCUCCUGUACAUUGUACAGCUGUUAAAUUUCAUAUUUUAAUGGUUGGAUUAGGUUCUGGUGAAGUAGCAUUUAUUUCUUUAAAAAAAAUGUGUGUUAUUCAUACAAUUAAAUGUUCACCAUAUGUUGUAUCAGCAGUAGCAGCUACACGUGAUCCAGAUGGUCGUCAUUUAUUGAUUGCAUCAUCUUUUGAUGGAUCUAUUGUUGUUAUUUCUUUACUUAAUGAACAAAGACGAUUAACAUUAACAGGUCAUACAAAAUCUCCACGUCAAUUAAUUGUUGAUUCAAUUCAUCAUUUAUUAUAUAGUUGUUCAGCAGAUAAAAAAAUCAUUGUACAUAAUUUUCUCAGUGGUGCUAUUAUAUAUGAAUAUAAAGAAUUUGAAAAAGCUGUAACAAAUAUUGCAAUGAAUCAGCAACAACAUCUAUUAAUUGCAUCAUCCCUUGAUGGUCUUAUUAAAAUAUUUAAUAUACAAACACAUGAACUUAUACAACAAUUAACAACAUCAACAAGUCAAUCGAUUAUUUCAAUGAUUUUUAAAAAUAAUCUUGUCUAUUGUGGAAUGGAAAGUGGUAUAAUUGAAAUCUUGCAAUGUGAUAUUAAUCAAGUCUAUAGAUGUGAAUAUGCAUCUUGUCGACAACCAUUCUCUCGUCGUGAAGAUGUUUUUAUUCAUGCUCGUCUUUUUCAUGUACAACAUUCAUCUACGAUUCAACGAUGUCUAUGGAAACAAUGUAUGAAAUGGGUGCCUUUAAAAAAAUUUAGUGAUCAUUUAAGAGUACAUACAGAUAAUCUGAUAUUAGAAACCAAACAAGAACCAUCGACAUCAUCUACACAUCCAACAUCAACUAAUUCAUACGGAUUCUCAUCAGAUUCUCUUAUAACAAAUUAUAGUUCCAAAACAGUUAUUAUAUAA